AUGCUGGAAAAAGCGCCGAGGCUGCCGGUCCGGCAGCUAUUGAUUCUCUCAAUAUGUCGCUUCGCUGAGCCGGUCGUCUUGACGUCUGUCUUGCCUUAUCUUCCCGAGAUGAUCGAGUAUGUCGGCGUGCCUAAAAAUGAGGUCGCCAAAUGGGUCGGUGUGACUUCGGCCGUGACGGCUGUCUGUCAGGCCGUGAUGGCCGUUUCCUGGGGUACUGCAUCCGACUAUGCCGGUCGGAAGUAUAUCAUCCUGCUGGGGUUGACCUGCACCAUGUUCUUUUCCGUGAUGUUUGGAAUGUCGCAGACGCUGGCGAUGCUGGUGGCCUCGCGCGCAUUCCUGGGUCUGAUGAACGGAAACGUGGGGAUCAUCCGAACCAUGGUAGCCGAGAUGGUGCCAGAGAAGGAGCUCCAGCCGCGAGCCUUCAGUAUCAUGCCCCUGGUGUGGACGAUUGGCAGUAUCUUUGGUCCGGCAUUUGGGGGUGCGCUUGCCCGUCCGGCAGAAAAGCAUCCUGAGCUUUUUGGGGACUCAGAGUUCUUGAAGAAGUAUCCUUUUAUUCUGCCAAAUCUGGCGGCCGCGGCUCUUUUCGUCGUGGGCAUUACCAUUGGCUUUCUAUUUCUCCAUGAAACAUUGGCAUCUAGAAAGGAUCGUCGCGACUAUGGUCUCGUGCUAGGAGACCUGUUGACGCGCUCGUGCACCUCACGAUCAGAGAAGCGCCCGUAUCAGAUUGUUGAAGAUGACGAGUCGACCGCAUUGCUGGGCGACAGGCGAACGCGGCAGGCAGGGAAGAAAAGCCCCGGCAAGCGACCCAGCUGGAAGCAAAUAUUUACGCCACAGUCACGGCUGAUCUUGCUGGCAUAUGCCUUGAUGUCGAUGCACACGAUGGCCUUCGACUCAGUCCUCCCUGUGUUCUUACAUACUCCGGUGCAGCGUCUGCACGACAACCCAGACGUUCGAUUGCCGUUUAAGUUCUUGGGCGGUUUCGGCGUGGACUCCCAAACGAUCGGAAUUUACUAUACUCUCAUUGGCAUCAUCGGCAUGGUGGUACAAUUCACCGUCUUCCCCACCGCUGCCAAGCGGUACGGCGUCCUCAAUUGCCUGAAAGUUGUCUCCCUUAUCUUCCCCGUCCUGUAUUUCUUGACCCCCUUCACAGCCCUUGUGCCUGCGUCAUUGCGCCAUGUCACCGUAUUUAUUCUCAUGCUCGCCAAGCUCUCGGCAUCCAUCUUUUGCUUUCCCUGCACCACCAUCCUGCUCACCAACUCGGCCUCCAGUCUCAGCGUCCUGGGCACUCUGAACGGCGUCGGCACCAGCGUCAGUGCUAUCGGGCGCGCUGUGGGACCCGCCGUCACCGGCGCGGCGUUCUCGUUCGGCGUGAAACGCGGGAUGGUCAUCAUUCCCUGGUGGAUACUCUGCGUGUUUGGGGUUCUCAGUGCGGUUCCGGUGUUCUGGGCCGUCGAGUCGGAUGGAUUCCAUGGUUCGGCGGACGAGGACGAAUCGGAACCGAAUGAGCCAUCCAGUGGAGGUGGAUACGGAGCGACAGAGGCUGAGACAGAUCCUCAGGCCAAUACCGGUAUCACUCCACGAAGAGAAUGA